CCCCUUCUGCUUUUUUGUCACUCUUAAUAUUCGACAAAGAUAACCUGAAUUAAUGUUACUGAUUUCACUCAUUAAAGGAAAUUAUCUCCUUUUUAAACCACGACUUAGCCCUGAUUUCCCAGUUUUUUUGGAAAGUUGACUUCAUCCAGCAACAAGCAGGUCAGGUCACUGCCAGACCUGUACAAUAGGGAUGCAAAUAAAUAAUUACAAUUAAAUGUCGAUUAAUGGCUGACAAAAUUAAAAUUUGUUCUAAUCGAUCAACUAAUAACAUCCACUUAGAUUUCUUUUUAGUGUUGUUGUUGUUGUUUGGGUGCCAUCCAGCGGAGGUCACCACUUGUCAUCCUUAAGCGGCGCCAGUUGAUAUAGAAAUAAAGAUGGCGGGGUCAUACAAGAAGAUAAAUUGUCUAAAAUGAGCCCUUUGUGGGAUGUAAAAUGGACUUUAUGCGGUUCUCUCUUUAAAUAUAAACACAAGUUCCUCAGGAUGGUUUAUUUUGAGGGCUGUCGUGAAUUAACGAACUUUAAAGAACAAAGUUUUGACAAGAGCAACCACAACCACAGACCUCUGUAUGAACAACUCUGUUCAUGGGGCCAUGAACACUUAACCGCAAUUUUCUGUUUAUUCAGUCAAUGUCUAAUACAGCUGACACAAUUUUUUAAUAUUUAAAUUAUUUUUUUAUUUAUCAUAUUAUGAAAAAUAUAACCCUUCAUGUUACGUAAAGGUGGUCGGCCAUCUUGAUACAAGAGAAAACUCAUUAGACGUCUGAGCCACCAAAACAAAAUCUUAAAUGUUUUGCUCGUUUGAUCCAUACAGAAGUGGAUUAGAUUUAUUUUCUGAGUUAUUGACCUGCUACAUAACCCAAGUGUCACUGCGCAUGAGCUGGUUUUACAACCUUUUCCUAAUGGCUUUGUUUUCCAUCUGCUCUUAAAUGUAUUUAGAUCAAUGUAUAAUGUGUAAUUCUUGAGAUUUUUCGCCUACUUCAUGUUGUCAGACAAGAUCUGUUAAAAGUGAUUUGUUGAUUGUACAGCACUGAUGCAAGUUAUCGAUUAACGAGUUAUCUAAGUUAAUUGAUCUUAUAGAAAUCUAUUGUUAAAGGUGGGCUAAGCAGAAAACGUUGGACGGAUAUUUUCAUAAAUGUUUUGAAGUGACCUAGUCAAAGUCCAGAUUUAAACCCAACUGAGAUGCUGUGGAAUGACCUUACAACAUGCUGUUCAAGCUCAAAAAUCAUCUAAUGUGGCUAAACAGAAAACAAUUUGUACCUACUCAGGUUAUCUCUGCAUUUAUUUGAAACAUUAAGCGCCAGAAGAAAGCAAAAGCAGAUGAAAAACUGCAGGGAAGGCCACAAAUACUUCUUCAUGGCAGUAUAAGCUUUAGUGGUGCUGGGAUUUGAAGUCUGGCUUCGGUGACCCAGUUAGCUUCUCAAACCCACAGGCUUCCUCAGUGCAUGCAGAACCUCACAGGAACCCCUGCAGACUCUACAGCACUCACAGGGAAGCCAUUACACUUAUCAGCAUCAUCACCUGAAUAAAACAAAUCCACUCACACACAGAACAUUUAUGGCAUUACAUGGACAUUUGUCAUUGGGAUGAUUCAUAAUAAUUCAGAUCACACAUUAUAUAGAAGCUAGUUAGGGGGAGCAGGUGAGGAAAGUGAUGUCAUUUCUGUUCCCAAUUCAGAGCUGCUCUGAGGAUUUCUGGUGGAAGGAAUUUAUGCUAAAUUGUCUUUGAAUAUCUUCAUUUUACUCCAUUGUGUUUCCCACCAUCUGCAUUCAUUUUGCUUUCAUCCCUAAGCCUUUCUUUCUCCCUCCACCUCCUCUACAAACUUGCAAUCCCCAUUUCUCUCUCUCUCAGACGCCUCAUUUUCUCUCUUCAACAAUUAAAGCACAACAAAGCACCCUGAGUCUGUAAUUAAAGCUUCUCUCCUUGUGUUUUUUUCUUCUGAAAUGAUCCUCGUCCUUUCUCAUCCCCGUAUUGUAUCAACCCGAUAGCUGGUAUUGCGGUACGUCAUUCUGAUGGCCGCACUGUUCCCACAGGAUUAUGUGGCCUACAUUUGUUUGCGGUGCAGUCUUGGCCUGUGCGAGUGUGUACCCGUAUCAAACACUUCCAGUUUGCUGCUGCAAGCCCCUUUGUCUCCCCUCCAACGUGCUAACUUAGUUUUUGUCGGCUUGCUCUGUCUCCAUCCUCAGAUGUAAAUCCAUAUUGCAAAUCAAUAUUGACUUUUAACUAAGAUCUGAAUAUUUAACAUGUGUGCAGCUGUGAAAAAAAGCAUCCAGAACAGUUUGUGCACAUUUGGAAAAGGGUCACCUUCACAGUUUGAUGACUUCAUAGCUUCAUUAUGCUGAACAGACGAACCUGUACCAUGUACCCUAAGACCCAAUAGAGGGGAAACACAGAAAGGAAAGGGAACCAAGACAGACAGACGCACACAAAUGUAGCCUAUCGACAUUUAAUCCCUGUAAUAAUGAGUUCUGGAGAUAUCUUUAUGUUCAAAGAAUCAUCUUUUUCACCGACUUCAGCUGCUUGAUAAGCAGCUUUUGUCACAUCGGUGCUCUUUUCAGAACUUCAACAAUGGAGUCCAAAUCUUGGAGAAAAUGCAUUAAUUAGAGACGGAUUGCUGCUUCAGAUCCUUUCUCAGCAGAAGAGAGUCCAGAUUAUUAUUAUGGGGAAAAAAACUGUCAAGUGUUUUUGAAUGGACAUUCAAUUAAGUAUGAAGGUCCCCUGCUCUCACCCCUGCACUUUUGUCAAACCAAAGUCUGUGCAUCUCAGUGAAAUCUCUGAAAAGGACGAUCCUCAAGGGAGUCCACAUUACAAUACAGAAAACUCUAUUCAUUCUGUGCUGCUAGAACUGUGCAAAUGGUGGUCAUGGAAAUAGAAAUCAUGGAAGUGCUACUUUUAAAAAGGCAUGUGCAUCCAUGCCUUUGGACACCUGUGGCAAGUCUUCUUUUUAGCCACUGAAGGGCUGGAACAAUGAGACUGCACACAGAGCCAAGAUACAAAAAAGUGAAGAACAGGGAGCUGAAGAUCCUAGAUCCUGCUGGAGAAAUGUCUUAUUUUGGUCCCUUCCAUUGAUAAUAAUGAUGUUACAAUAAUUUCUGUUACAAACUUAGUUUUAUUUCAUGCUUGUAUUCAGUAGGAAUUUUUAUUCUUGUUUGAUUUCUGUCUCAAAAUUACUUAGAUCUUGCAUGGAUAGUGCUGUAUAAUAAAAUCUGUUUGAUAAAAUAAUUGUAAAUAUUGCAUAUAAAAUUGUAUGUUAGCACUGUUGAUGCGAGCGCUGUAAAGAAGAAAUUGUCUGGUCAGAAAAUACUACAAUUGUUUCAUAUUUUUCUGUUUGACAGUCAAAAGUUUCAAAUUUAGCUUCAGAAACGCUUUAAAUGAUCAUUUAAUUUGACUCUUUUAGACAAAUAUUCUUUGAUCAACUGCUGUUGUUUUAAUUGUUUCCACACCAGUAAACACUGGACGUGCAAGUCAUUGUAUUUUUCUUCAAAUUACUGAAAAUGUGUUGCAUCGGCUGUAAAAAGUAGCUGUGUUAUGUAGUGAGUGUUGACUCUAAUCUGUUCUGUCAGCCAGCUCUCUUGAAGGUGUUGAAAUGAGCCACUGAUUGGACCACUUAGACCAUCAACACUUAUUACACUUCACUUCUGAUACGGUUUGAUUUAUGGCUUGAUCCCAAUCUGUACACUCCCCAGCUGAGAGGCUCUAAUGCCACAUCUGAGCAGGCUCAAGGUUCAUGGCUGUGGUCAAAGUUCAGGUAUGUUUCUCCUUGGAUUGCUAAUAAGCCGGUGAAUUUGUGAAGAAAGCUCAGUCUGGUGCAACUCUGUCACUGUGAGAGAAAUGGAUGUGGAGAAGGGAAAACGUCGGUCCAGGGCACUGAGCAACCUGGAGAAAAUGUUGAUGUUUCUCUUCGUAGCAUUGGCAGCUGUUUGCAUCGCCCUCAUUGCCCUCUACUUUACAGACAAGCCUGAUGCCCCUGAUCAAUCAGUAGGGUGUGGAGGUCCGCUGGAGGUGACUGGUGAGUCGGGCACCUUCACCAGCUGGAACUACCCCAGCAGCUACGACAACGGCGUAAGCUGCACAUGGAGCAUCACUGUGGACCCUGAUAAGGUGAUUCAUCUGUGGUUUGAGGAGUUUGCUUUGGAGGAGACUCAGCUCUGCACAGCAGAUUUGGUCACACUGCGAGACGCACUGGGAACCAUCGGUAAAUACUGUGGCUACACCAAACCCAGACCUUUGGUGACUCUUUCAAACCACCUGACACUCUUCUUCGACACUAAUGAUAGGAAAACAGACCAAGGAUUUAAAGCUCACUACAAAGCUGUGACUCCAGAGUUUGCAUCGGAAAUAGCCGGAGCCGGCGGUUUCCUCCAAGGUGAUCAGGGGAAUCUGAUGACUCCGAGCUUCCCGGGGCAAAACUAUCCAAACGGAGCGCUGUACCAGUGGAGAAUCACAGUGCCUGAGGGCGAGCGGGUCCGACUGACGUUUACCACCUUUGACCUCGUCCCGGAUUUCUGUGGAGACUUUGUUCAGAUUUAUGACGGCCACAAGGCCGGAUCAGCUUUGGUUGGUAAAUUCUGCGGUGGGACGGUGCCGAACCCAGUGGAGUCCAGUAGCAACACAAUGGUUGUCCGCUUUAAAUCUGACAACAGCUUGACCUCUAAAGGAUUCCAGGCAACGUACACAAAGUCCAGUCUUCCACCAGUUAUCACUCCCACCACAACCAAGGCUCCGUCCACCCCCACCACAAAAACUCCUCCACCUCCCACAACGUCUGGCAGUGGAGGGCCAGUUAUCAUUGAAGGACGGAAAGGAGUUAUCCAGUCUGCAGGUUUCCCAAAUUCAUACCCGGCUCAUUCCAAUAACACCUGGAAGAUAUCGGUGUCCAGAGGGUUCCUGGUUAAACUGCGGAUCACAGACUUGGCGAUCACUGGGGAGACCGGACAGUGCAAAGACGACAAGCUGAUCAUCUCAGACGACUACAGCCCCCUGGGUACACACUGCGGCUACAUCCUGCCCCCACUGGUGGUCAGCGCCAGUAACACAAUCUCUGUCAGCUUCCGGUCGGACAGUCGCCUCACGGAUCGAGGAUUCUCUGCAGAGUUUGAGGCGGUGUAUCCUGAAGAUAUCGCAGACAUCCAGGGAUGUGGCUUUUCCUCUGAAGAGGAAACUGGUGUUAUCAAAUCCCAGAACUGGCCGAUGAACUACAAGGCCAACAUGGAGUGCAUGUGGAACAUUGCUGUGCCUCUAGGGAAGAAAAUCACUUUGACAUUCACUCAUUUUGACCUGGAAGCCAAAGACUUUAUCACAUCUCAGUGCUACGACAAUGUGAUGCUGUUUGACAUCAAUGGUUUGACUAGCGCACUAAAUCAAAAACAUGGACCUUUAUGUGGAACAAACCUGCCCAACCGCAUCCAAACCAAAGGCAACAGGCUGCUGAUCCGUUUUCACGCAGACAUGUUUACUGAGGCUAAAGGUUUCAGAGCCUACUGGACUACAGAUCCCAGUGUCCCUGCUCCCACUGAGCCACCUGCUGAAAUAAACCCCUGGGACGACAUCCCCAUAGACUGGCCCGAAACGUGCGGGAAGCCGGCCGUUCCUCCUUCUGUCGCGUCGCGCAUUGUGAAUGGAGAGGAAGCUGUAGCGCACUCCUGGCCCUGGCAGGUGUCCAUGCAGGUCUGGCCUUCCAGUCAGCCUGAGCCCAAGUUUUUUCACACCUGUGGUGGGACUCUGAUUCAUAAAAACUGGGUGCUAACAGCGGCUCACUGCUUCAUAAGAUAUGCAGAUGAGCUGCAGCGCUGGCGUAUGUGCCUCGGCAAACACAACCUGACCACCGCAGAGCCAAGUGAGCGCUGCAUCAGCAUCUCUGGCAUCUAUCGCCACGAGGGCUUCCAGUAUCCCACAGUUCCCACUGUGGAGUUUGACAUUGCGCUGGUGAGGCUGGUUGAGGACGCCGCUCCCACUGACCAGAUUUCCUUCGCUUGCCUUCCCUCUGAGGAGGAAAUCCUUCCUGAAGGAAAGAAGUGCUACGCCACAGGCUGGGGGGACGAGACAGGUGAUUCGGUGAAUCCUAAAGCUUCAGAGACGCUCAACCAGGUGGCCCUUCCUGUUGUCCCGUAUGACACCUGUAAACGGAUGGAUUACUGGUGGUUCCAGGUGAAGACCUCCAUGAUCUGCUGCGGAUACACACUGCCUGACGAGCUGCAGUCUGUCUGUCAGGGAGACUCUGGGGGUCCACUGGUUUGCCAGGACACACCUGCUGGUCCCUGGGAGGUUCAUGGUAUCACCAGCUUCGGUCCUAUUGGGUGCAUAAUGAACAAAAAGCCCUCCGUGUUCACCCGCUCCUCAGCCUACCUUCCUUGGAUCUCAAAUGUCAUCCGCAGGGAGCUCUACAAUGAGCACACAUCGGGUUGUGGAGGGCCGAAGGAUUUGUCCGGCGCAGGCGGCACAGUGUCGUCGAUGAGUUACCCCGCCGCCUACAGCAACAACGCCCGCUGCCAGUGGAACAUCGAGGCGCCUGCAGGGAAACUGGUGCACCUCCACUUCGCCGGUUUCUCCCUGGAGGAGAGUCAGCUGUGCUUGAACGACAAAGUCAGCCUCACAGACAACGUGGGAAGUCUGGGCACCUACUGCAGUCACGUCCCCCCUGCAGAUCUGGUGAGUGAUGGAAAUAGACUUCAGAUCAGCUUCUCCACUAACGACAAGGUGGUCGACUCUGGCUUCACUGUGACCUGGAAGGCGGUGGACCCUGCAGAGGCUCCAUGUGGAGGACGUUUCAGCAGCAACCAGGGGGAAAUCACCUCUCCAAACUGGCCCAGUGACUACAACGCGCAGAGCGCCUGCACAUGGCACAUCAACGUUCCCUCGGCAGAAAGCAUUCACGUGGCCUUCACUGACUUUGAGCUGCAAGCCGUUAACAUGUUAGGAAACUGUGUGGACUACGUGGAGAUCUUCAAUGGAGAAACCAUGGCAUCACUUGGUCGGUUCUGCGGCUUCGCCCCGCCGUCCCCCUUCGCCAUCCCCAGCAACACGGCGGUCAUCCGCUUUCUGAGUAACGGUGCAGAUCAGCAGAAAGGUUUUCGAGGUUACUGGACCACUGAUGCUAGUGUUGUUCCGACUUUACCUCCUGCUCCUCCGAACCCCUGGGACAACAUCACGAUCAAUUGGCCAGAAGACUGUGGAAAUCCAGCAGUGAAACCUAAAACGCCGACUCAGCGCGUCGUCAACGGGGAGGAGGCCGUCCCCCACUCCUGGCCCUGGCAGGUCUCAAUGCAGGCGACUCUCUUGCCUCCCAUCCCUUUCCUGCACAACUGUGGAGGCUCUUUGAUUCACGAGGAAUGGAUCCUUACUGCUGCUCACUGUUUUAUGUCCCCUCUGAACAAACCGUCUUUGCACCGCAUGUGUUUGGGAAAACACCACAUGAACUCCUCCGUGGACGUUCCCUCGGCGGAGAAGUGCCUCCAGGUGGACGAGAUAAUCCGACACGAGGGCUUCGUGUACGAGAAGGAUCCCUCUGACAUCACCAACGACAUCGCCCUGGUGCAUCUGAGCGAGCCCGUCAACAUGACGAGGGAAAUCAGCCCCGUUUGUCUGCCCAAACCCGGAGCCGUGAUGCCGGCGGGGACGCCGUGCUUCGUCACAGGAUGGGGAGACGAGAAAGGUAACUUGUUCCCUGUCGUGGCUAAGACGUUGAACCAAGCAGCUCUUCCAGUUGUUGACUUCCAGACCUGCAGCAAACCUUCGUACUGGUGGGACACGCUCCGGCCGUCCAUGAUCUGCGCCGGCUACGAAUCCCCCGACGAGCUGAAAUCUGCCUGCCAGGGCGACUCGGGCGGUCCGUUUGCCUGCUCCGUCGCUGGGACCUGGGAGGUGCACGGUGUGGUCAGCUUCGGACCGCAGGGCUGCAUCAAAGACAAGAAGCCGUCGGUGUUCACCCGAGUGUCGGCCUUCAGCCGCUGGAUCGAGGACAGCAUCCGGAAGUUCAUGUACGAAAACAACAGAGCGAUGUGAAAUCUGCACAGAUCAGGACGAAAUGCUCCCAGAGUUCAGAGUUGUGUUUUAUUGUCUUAACUACAUAAAAGUAAGAGUAGAGAAUAUUUAAUAAUGUCUGUAUUUGUUUACAAUCACAUUUAUGUUCAAAUAAAAUUGAAUAUAUUUGCAAA